AUGCAGGGUGCAGCACAAGGAGGCAGCAAGAGCAUGAUGGAACUCAUGCUGAGUGUGGACUGGGCUUCCAAGGAGCCAAUGAUCGAGCUGCCACAGUGGCAGGGCCGUCUGACAAGUUGUCUUCUUUCCGCUGUGAAAGCUGGAAAACUCCGAGUUUCAAAUAUGCUCUGCCACCACGGCGUUGGAACAGGUUCUCGGGGUAAUCCCUGCCUGGCAUUAAACCGUUAA